AUGCAAGUGCUCAUCAUCGCCUCCAUCAUCGGCUUUGCCGCAGCAGCCUUAUUACCCAAUUAUGAGUCAAACAGAGCUCAGGCUGGCUUCGAGAAGAACGCCCGAAUCAUCGCCCUGGACUCGGACAUAAAGGAAGACGGAUCUUACAGAUGGAGCUACGAAACUGAGAACGGCAUUAAAGCUGAGGAGCAAGGACGUGAAGCGGAUGGCAUUGAAGCUCAAGGUGGUUUCCAAUACACAGGUGACGAUGGCCAGGUCUACUCUGUGAGCUACGCAGCCAACAAGGACGGUUUCCAGCCCCAGGGCGCUCACUUCCCAACCCCACCUCCCACUCCUGAAGCUAUCUUGAAAGCCCUGGAACAGAACGCUCGUGAUGAAGCCGCUGGCAUCAUCGAUGACGGUCAAUACAACCCAGGCAAAUACGGUGGUGCCCCAGCUGCUCCAGGUUUCCAGCAGAACUAUGCGCGUGCGCAGGCCGGUUUCCGAAGACAGUUCUAA